AUGGGCGCAGAGAGCAGCGCGUUGCGGAGCUUUACCCUGGAGGAGCCGCUUCUGACCCUGCCCUCCGGACUCACCAUGUACUCGGCAAUGCUCCAGGAUGGAAAGCCUGCCUCCGUGUUUGUUCACAAGCGGGGCAAUGAGGAUAAAGUCAACAAAGCUGCCAAGCACCUGAAGACCUUGAGGCACCCAUGUCUGCUGCGUUUCCUGUCUUGCUCAGUGCAGGAUGGCGACAUCCACUUGGUGACAGAGCGUGUGCAGCCUCUGGAACUGCUGCUGGACAGCCUCUCCCCAGAGGAAAUCUGCGCAGGCAUCUACGACCUCCUGCAGGCACUUGUGUUUUUGCACGAGAGGGGCAAAUCAAGCCACAACAACGUCUGCAUUUCAUCUGUAUUUGUCGGUGAAGAUGGUCAUUGGAAACUGGGAGGGAUGGAGACUGUCUGCAAGUUCACCGAAGCAACGCCUGAGUUUCUUGCAAGCAUUCAGAACGUGAGAGAGGCCAGCUGCGUUCCAACAGAAGAGCAGGCUGAGGGCUUUAAAAUGCUUCCGGAUAAAAAUGCUCACUCUCGGGACUCUUUCUCUUUUGGAAUGAUGGUAGAGACCCUCAUCCCUCUCCUGAAUGGCUACGUGUCACAGGAGCUGUACGACAGUCUGCAGAAGACUCUGCAGACGGGCCUGCUCCACUCUGACCCCUUGUCUCGACCCCCUCUCAGCUCCUUGCUGACUCAUGACUUUUUCAGGAAUGACUUUUUGGAAGUGAGGAAUUUUCUGAAGAGUUUGACCAUGAAGACGGAAGAAGAAAAGAAUGAAUUCUUUAAGUUUCUUCUCGACCGGGUCCAGAGUCUCCCUGAAGAGCUGAUAGCUUCACGCCUUGUCCCCAAACUCCUCAACUCUCUUGUUUUUGCAGAACCCAUGGCUGUGAAAAGCUUCUUGCCUCAUCUUCUGAGGCCAAAGAAGGAUUCCAGUGGCGGCAGCAACGAUGAACAAUGCCUGCUGUCUUUGUCCCUUUACCGUAAACAUGUGAUUCCUCAGCUUCUUAAGCACUUCAAGAUCAACGAGGAACACAUCCGGAUCGUGUUGCUGGCUCACAUCCACAUCUACGCCGAGUACUUCUCCACCGAUGAACUCAAAAACCAGAUCCUACCUCAGGUUUUGUUAGGAAUGAGAGACACAAAUGAUUCCCUGGUUGCCAUGACGCUGCAGAGUCUGGCGGUGUUGGUGCCCUUGUUGGGGGCUCAGGCGGUGGUUGGUGGAGAGAGGAUCAAGGUCUUUAAACGCACCACACCCAACUUCACCAAGUCUACAGAGGUCACUCCUGAAACUUCACCUGUCCAUAUAGUUGAAGGCUUCCACCCUCAGAUGGCCCAGCCUUCGAAAGUCUGGAAUUUGUCCCCCAGACCGUCAGGGACUGAAGGCCUGUUCAUGGGUCACAUGGGUACCUUAGGAGGUAGUAGGGUGAGACCAAUAAGUUACUCUCUGCCACCGAUAUCAGAGGUCAGCAGAAAGAUGUCUCUACCUUUGAACGGCUUUCAUCAGGACAGUGAGAUGGAGCUAAUAUCAUCCAGCCCAGAGCAGCCUGACAGGCUUGAAGGACCAGUGGAGGACUGGCCUGACUGGAGUGACCCUGAAGAGAGUGAGAGCAGAGAUGGACAGUCAGUCCAGAUCCACAUUCAGGGCUCAGAGAGAGAAGGUCCAGACAGCAGCAGACUGCCACUUUCACGCCCGCCCUUGGAAGACGAGCCGUGGAACAACUUUGAGGACACUGAACCUACCUCAGAUCUCUCCCCUACAGCUCCUUUAUCACACCCGGUUAUUCUCACACCGCCCAGAGGAGACACUUCGAGGCCUGUAAAGCAUGAUCCGGAGCUUCUGAGGCUGGGUGCCUCUGAACCCCUUAAAUUGACCUCAACACUGCGACAACCCACACAGAGCAAGACCACUUCCUGCGAUGGCUGGGCUCAAGAAGAGAAAGACUCGCACAACCUGUUGAACACCAAGCCCAAACCUAGAGUGCCACUAAAGAAUGGUGGGAGAGGAGGUCUUGGGGAGGAGUUCACAAUUAAGGUGAAGAAAAAGCAUGCGCCGGACCCAGAGCUGGAUUUGUUUGCAGACAUGGUGCCGGACAUCAAACUGUCCUCUCCAACUCUGCUGCCACUGGAUGAGGACAGCGUGAGUGAUGCUUCAGAAAUGACUAAAUAUCUGCAGGUUGACCCAUCCAUCGAUACUGUAACACUCACUGCCAAGUUCGCAGUUGACAACCUGACCGAGACUGAAACCGAUGGCUGGGGAGAUGGAGAUGACCUGAACUGGGAGGAAGAGAAUGCUUGGUGAUGAUGUUUGAUCCGUCUGCUUCAUCUGAGGCAAAGACUUGACCCCCGGAAAACUCAAAUCCUCAUUUCCGAGACAGUCAGCUGGAGGUUCCCUGCAUGAUGUAGGAAGAUAAUGGACCGACUUUUUAUACCUAUUAUGUUGGUUCCCAGACAUUAUCAGUCUGUUCAUUAAGGUACUGGAAGGAUUGGAAGCUUAUAGGAUGGUGCUGAACUUGGACAAAUGAAGCCAUGUUUAAUUGUUUGCCAACUGAUACAGUCACCUCAAUAUGAAUGAAAGUCACCUUGUUUUCAUCUGCUUCAACUUUUUUUUUUUUUUUACGUGCCAACUUCACACUUGGCAUGAAAAUCAAGAGAUACUUUUUUGGCAAGACACAACUCGAUGUGUCAGGAUUGAUUUACAAAAGGCUUGCACUUUGAAUGAAUGUAUGAUAGAAAUUACGUAAUUUAUUAGCUUUUGGUUGCUGGUGAAGUAAAGAUUUGCAGUGUCAAAUAUGA